AUGUCCGGGCUACGCAUGUGGGCCCCAGGGUUUCUGCUCCUGCAGCUAUUGUGGCUGCAAGUCCAGACUGCUCCAAUUCCAGAACUGCCAAUGGAUUCUUUUCUGAUGACCUCCAUCCCCUUGGGGCCCACUGAGCCCUGGUCUUGGAAUGAGAAUCAGCAGAUUCCCACGCCUGCAGAUAGAAAAGUGACUUCGCUCAACACAGCUGUAGUUACAGAAGCCCCUGAGAAAACGGAACUUCCAAACUCUCAGAAGACUUCAACUCAAAUUUCUUCAGUCAAACCGAAGAGUCAACAUCCACUUCUAAAGGCUCAACCUUCAGACCAUCAGAAGGCAACAUCCUCAUUCCCUGAUUGGGGUAAAAUUCACCAUCAACUAUUGUCCAUCACUGUUGAUAAGGUGGAGAUGGGGCUUGUGAUAAAACCAAAGCCCCCUACGAAGAAUGAACUAUCUGCAACUGACAAGGAGGUCUCUUUUAAUCCUGCUAAACUUCCAAACCAGCAGGAGACCCCACAUCAGCCUACUGUCCUGCAACAGACUACAUCUCCUACGAAACACCUUGAAAUGGAACUUUCAUACCCAAAGCCUCUUCAGGCUCUGCAGACAACCUUGUCUGAAGUUCCUCCAGUGACUGAACAGAUUGCCACCAUGAAGAUAUGUGACCUGUGUACCUGCAGUGCUGGGACACUGUCCUGUAUUGGUUUUGGCUCAAACCAGCUCACCAAAGUGCCUGUGCCAGAGCCCAGCAUCUACAGUGGCACCUUCACCGUCUUGUAA